UUUGAGGCGCCUCAAAGGAUGCCUGUGAAAGAACCAUGCGCGAGGAGUCUAUUUUUGAGGCGCCUCAAAAGGAUGCCUGUGAAAGAACCAUGCGCGAGGAGUCUAUUUUUUAGGCGCCUCAAAGGAUGCCUGUGAACGAUGUUAGAAACUGAGAACUUGAUUCAUGGAAUGAGCAAGAGCAUACAUCCUUAGGUGCUGAGCAUCGGAGAGGAUGGGAAGGGAUGAGGGAAAAUCGGAGGGAAUCCCAAAGGAACCCUCCCAAAUCGUGGGGAUUUGGGAUGGAUUGGGUUGGGAUAGGUUGGGGAUGAAAGCAAGGCUACACCCAAUCUAACAUAUAUGUCUAACCCUAAAACCAACAAAUUACUAGCACACAAAGUUGUGCCAACCGAAUUGCAGCCUAUCUCCAACACACCCCCUCUGCUGCAACGUCGGAAGCUGUAGGGACGCCAAGCCCCAUGGUACGGAGGAGACGAUAGUGAUCACGUCGUCCAACAGCCUUGGUAAACAAGUCGGCGAGGUUGCAAUCAGAGGAGAUGUGCUUGACGCAGAACUGCCCUCGCUGGGCGAGCUCGCGCAUGAAGUAGUGUCUAAGUUCGAUAUGCUUGGUCCGUUGGUGGAAGACAUGGUCUUUGGUAAGGUGUAUGGUGCUCUCAUUGUCACACCACCGAGUAAUACCCGAGCCCAGCCAUGAGGUAGGUAUGUCAUCGAGCUUCUUGGGCUGCCAUGGUGCCUGCAUGUAGCUCAGCUUCGCAGGAUGACAAUGAGACAGAUGAUGAGCGUGUGGAUCGCCAGCUGAUGACCCCACUGCCAAGGGUGAAGCAAUAGCCUUUGGAAGCGCGGCGGUCAGCUUGAUCAUCAGCCCAUGAGGAGUCGCUGUAUCCCUUGAGGUGUGGAGAGGUCGUGCCAUCGAGAGUCCUUGGUGGCUUGGAGGUAGCGAAGGACGCGCUUAGCAGCCGACCUGUGGCGAUUGGUGUAUCGACCGGCAGCAACGUAAUGCGAGAGCACACUGAUGGGGUAGGCGAGGUCGGGCCUUGUGCACAUCAUCGCAUACAUGAGUGAUCCGACGAGCUCGGGAUAUGCCUCAUCGCAAGGCUCAGGUGAUGGAACUGAUGGAGCGGUCAGAUCAUGCUGUAGGGAAAGGGGUGUUGCCACUGGCUUGGCGUUGUCCAUGGCAAAACGCUUGAGGACGUUGUUCACAUAGAACUCUGGUGAGAGAGUGAUGAUUCGAGCUUCGCGAUCCCGUGAGAUUUCCAUCCCAAGGUAGUUCUUGAGUUCGCCGAGACCCUUCAUGGCGAGAGCGUCCCAAGAGCUUGCUUGACAGCUGCCAGCUGAUUGGAGUCCUUGGAGACGAGAAUCAUAUCAUGGACGUGGAAGAGAAUGAAGAACGGGUUCUCGUUCUUGCGAAUGAAGAGACUCGAGGGUUGCCUUCAACUUCUUGUGCCAUUCCCGAGGAGCCUGCUUCAACCCGUAGACGGGUCGAUUUAGCUUCAAGACCGUGCUGGGUAGAAAGGGCAAGGAAAAUCCUUGAGGACGUUCCAUGUAGAUGUCCUCGAAGUGAUCCCCUUGGAGAAAUGCAGCAGAAACGUCCAUGGAGUGAACGUCAUAGUUGCAUCGAGCAGCAAUGUCGAGCAGGGUCCGAAGUGUGGGGAGUUUGGCCAUCGGAGAGGACGUGUCGAAGAAGUCCAUACCAUUUUUCUGCGUGAAGCCUUUUGCACAGUAUCGUGCCUUGAAGACUGUGAGUUCGCCAGGCAGUUGCUUGACGCGAAAAACCCAUUUGCCACGGACGGUGUUGACUCAUCGCAGGGGAGAGACGUUCGUGAAAGAGUUGUUACGAAUGAAUGCUUCACACUCCGCGAUCAUGGUUGCGAGCCACUGAGGGGAGUGUGGUCCAGAGAUGGCUUCAUCGUACAAGUUCGGGGUCGGGAUGGAUGGAUUUUCGGAGAAGUUGAGAGUUGGAGCGUCGGCAAGUUCGGGGAAGGGAUAGCAGAGCUGACGGAUGGCAGCAUUGAUCUCAAUCAGCUCUUCAUGCCUAUCCUCCAAGAGGUCAGGCAUGGAUGCACCCCUGGCAGGAGGAGGCAGAUUGAGGGAGAUGCGAACAGAGAGGGCGAGAGGCGGAGUGGGACCAUGAGAGUGGUUGCGGUGAGCAACAGGGACAGGAGAGGAGGGAGGAGGCAGGGGAGGAGGUGGAACGUCGACAUGAGAGCGUCCUUAGCGGCGGCGACGAUAGGUGACAGGGGAACCAGUCACAACUAUAGGCACAGAUCAUCUGUAGCCGCCGCCGGCGGUGACGAUAGGUGGCACAAGUUCUUGAUCUGUGCCAGGGGCACCCAACUAUUUUCGAAGGUCAUCCAGUCCUUCAGGGAUAUCAGAAACUCGAUCAGGCGAGCCCCUCGAGGGUCCUGGAUCCGAUGGCUGAGAAUCUUCGCAGGUUCGACAGUAGGUUUGGAUGUCCGGGUUGGCCCGAUUGUCACAGGAUCGAAUGUCCCGAGGAAAGGUUUGCUCAAUGUUGCACUAUCAAUCAGUACAAGGUGCUUUUAUACUUCCAGAAUACAUCAGGUAACCAGGU